AUGGAACACCCAGUGAUAGACACUGGCUCACUUAUUACUUCAGGAAUUAAGAGACAUGUGAACGACAAAAGAGUUUCAAAGACUGGGAAGCUGAAUGUUUCCCUUGCUUCAAAAAUCAAAACAAAAAUAUUGAACAAUUCUUCUAUUUUCAAAAUUUCUUUAAAGCACAACAACAGGGCAUUAGCUCAGGCUCUUAGUAGAGAGAAAGAGAAUUCUCGAAGAAUUACAACUGAAAGGACGCUAUUGCAAAAAGAAGUGGAGAAACUGAAUUUUGAGAACACGUUUCUUCGCCUAAAACUAAAUAAUUUGAAUAAGAAACUUAUAGAAAUAGAAGCACUCAUGAACAAUAACUUGAUAACUGCAAUUGAAAUGAGCACGCUUUCUGAGUUUCAUCAGAGUCCUUUUCUACCGUCAACCAGCAAGAAGAAACGGGUCAGUAAAAAGUGCACGUUGAUGCGUCUUCCAUUUGCGAGAGUUCCAUUAACUUCAAAUGAUGAUGAUGAUGAUGAUGAUGAUGAUGAUAAAGAGGAAAUGCAACAUGAUGACAGUAUUCUAGCAAAGAUACCACCUGAUGUUCCCUCUUUGGUAUCAGGACAACCUUUAUCAAGUCAGUAUAAUUUCAAAUUGUUAUUUCAAAAUAAUCAUGAUAUGUGUGGUUUAGAUGAUUCAGGUGUACUUUCUAUUGUUGAUAUGCUUCCCAAGGAAAGUCAUUUCCACUCAGACCAAAAUUCCAUGAGUUCUCCAGUGAGUGAGAUGAAAAAUGUCCAGUCAGUCAGUCACAGAAAGGAGGAGCUAUCUCUCAGUAAUGUGACAGAAAGGAAAAAACGUCUAUCAUCUCAGGAAUCAACUAAUCCUUCUGUUGACAGUUCUCAUAGGACAGACUUAGGUCAACAACACAUUUCAAGUCCAGAAUUAAAUUGGAAUAAUGAAAUAAAUGAUCAUACCAAUGCAAAGAAUAUUAAAAUGCAAGGAAACGUGCAGUGCCUUCCUGACUCCUCUGAGUCUACAAGUGAACCUACUGCAGAGGACAGGCCUCCAUUUCAGGGCAGUGAUGACUUUCCGUUGCAGAAAACUGUGUAUGAUGCUGACAUGGAUUUAACUGCUAGUGAAGGAAGCAAAAUUAUUACAGUUUCAACAGGGACUAGAAAUAAAAGCAAUAAAAAAUCAAAUGAAUGUGGAAUCAAAACGUUCAGAAAAGUGAAAGAUUCAAGCUCUGACAAAAAGAGAGAAAGAUCAAAGAGACAAUUUAAAAAUAGUUCAGGUAUCAGUAUUGAGGAAAAGGUUGAAAAUGGACCAGGAAAAAGAUCAGUUUUCUUGAAUGGCGCAGGGGAGUCAGAAGAUCCAAAUUUUAUUUUCGAUACUGAGCAGCUGACUCAUUUGAACAUACUGAAGAAAGUAACCCUUCAUAAUGGCUUUAAUCAAGACGACAGACAAAGUAUACAGUGUAAUAAAAGAAAGAAAAGGAUACAUGUAACAAAUGAGCAAGAGGAAGCAUGUUCUUUCUUCCAAAGUUCAGAUAAAUUCCUGCAGGAGAAUAAAUUUGAUGAGGGUCAGAGUUCUUUACCUUAUCGUAAAAGUAAAGCUUCUAGACAGACAUUUGUGAUUCCUAAAUUAGAAAAAGUUAACUUAUUCUCAAACCAAAAGAAUAAAGAAACCACUUCUGAGAACCUAGAAGUCACAAGUGAAUUUCAAACAGCUGAUCUUUCCACCAGAGAUAAUGAAAGUUUAUGUGAUUAUGAGGCCCAGAAUAUGUCGGAUUUGAAAAAGCACGUCACUGACAUGCAGCCUGCCCAGCAAAAUGAAUCAAAAAUAAAUGAGAAGCUUAGACAGAAAGUAAAUCGGAAAACAGAAGUAAUUUCUGAAACAAGCAAAGUAUAUGGGGAUAUUGCUAAAGAUGUGCAUGGCCCAGGAAAAUGUGACUUUUCCUUCCAAACCCAGGAGGAUAAAGAAACCAUCUCUGGAAACCUUAAAGUGUCAGAUGAGUUUCAAAAACCUGCUCUUUCCAGCAUUGAUAAUGGAAACCUGUGUGAUUGUGAGAUCCAAAAUGUGUUGGAUUUGCAAAAGCAGAUCACUGAUGUGUACCCUAUUCAGCAAAAUGAAUCAAAAGUUCUUAAGAAUCUUAGGCAGAAAGUAAAUCGGAAGACCGAAAUAAUUUCUGAAGUGAAUCAUUUAGAUAAUGACAAGAAUAUGUAUUUCCCAGAAAAGGGUAGUUCUUUCUUCCUAGCCCAGAAGGAUAAAGAAAUGAUCCCUGAAAAUAUAAAAGGCCCAGGUGAAUUCCAAACACUUGCCCUUUCUACCAAAGGUAGUGGAAGCCUAUAUGAUUAUGAGACUCAGAAGGUUCUGGGCGUAGAAAAGCAUAUCCAAAAUAUGCAACCUGCUUGUCAAAAUGAAUCAAAAAUAGAUAAGAAGCUUAGGCAAAAGGUGUGUCGGAAGACAGAGAUCAUUUCUAAAAUCAACCAAGUAUAUGAGAAUGAUGACAAAAGCGUAUAUGACCCAGAAGAAGGUAACUUCUUUUCCCUAACCCAAACAGGUAAAGAAACCAUUUCUGAAAACUUAGAAGUCACAAGUGAAUUACAAACAGCUUAUCUUUCCACCCACAAUAAUGGAAAGUUAUACGAUUAUGAGACACAGAAUGUGUUGGCUUUGAAAAAGCCCGUGACUGAGACACAACCUGCUCAGCAAAAUGAAUCAAAAAUAAAUAAGAAACUUAAGCAGAAAAUAAAUCGGAAGACAGAAAUAAUUUCUGAAAAGUACCACAUACGUGGGGGUAAUGAUAAAGACGUGCGCGAUCAAGAAAGCUGUACAAAAGAUCUUGCUUUUCAAGUAAAUGUAUCUAAACAGAGACUUGAAUGUCAAGGUGUCAUCAGUGGAUACUCUAUGGAAAUUGAUAGUACCGAAAAGGAAAAUUGGGAUCAAAUUUCAAAUCCUUACAAACUAGUUAAAAAGCCUGGGAAAGAAUCAUCAGGCAAGGCAAAGAUUUUCGCAAAAGGUGAAAACAAAUCUAUUUCGCGGUCACGAGAUUCUUUAUACACGUCUGUGUUCCUAGAAUCAGGUUUAAAAUAUGUUACUAAUGAAGCAGAUUCUGAUCCUGGGCGGCACAUGGUCCUGCAGGAGAAUCAGAAGGAAAGCUCUACAACUCUGAAUGAAAAAAGAGAUACCCCUUUUGUGGAAGUGGUAAAAGAAGGAGAGUGCCAGAGCAGAAAAGUAAGCAAAACAGCAUGUAAAUCGAAGAAAAGGAAGACCAUCUAUCCUUCUUCGGAUAGCCAUAAGGUAAUGCAGGUGAUAUCUGACACUGGCCAAGAAAUAUCAGUUCAAUCUGGACAAGCUGUGGAGGAAAAAAAUUCAGAAAAUGAGAGACUUGUCAAAAUGAAGCCAGACUUUUACAAAGAUGCAUUUAAAUCUUUAUCUCAGGUAUAUUCACCUAACAUACAAGAAUCAUCCUUUAAGAGUAUGCAUGAGGAUUCAGUACCUCUGAGUAUUUCUCCUAGUAAAAAUCUGAUGAUAAAAGAAAAUUUUGCCCUGGAGAGCUCACCGAGUUUUCAAGUAAGUGCUGAUGAACAUGAGAAGAUGAAAGGGAUGAAAUUCAACCAGAGAACACAAAAAUCAGAAAUAGGUAUUAGAACACUACAGGACUUGACAAAUAGUUUUCUUUCAAAUAACACUGCUAAAGCUGAAAAUAAGUCAGAAAACCCAUCCUUAGAAUUACCAAGCCGAAAAAGAAGGUGUACUCCUCUCGAUUUAAAGGAGCCAAAUCUCAAAAGGAAGAUGAGAAGAUGAGGUGAACUUAUGAAUUCUGGGGUUUUUUUGAAUUCUGAAACCAUACCAAGUCAAAACAGGGAUGUAACAAGGAUCCAAAAGAUGAAAUGCGUGAUGAAGGAUUCCCC